CCAACCCGUCUCGAUUUAUUUCACAACUUGUACACUAAAGUACAACCCACAACAGCAGGAGACAAACAAGAAACAAAACCCCGCCCCUUUCUUCUUCAAUCACCAUCGCCGUUUUUUUCUUGAUCUUUCCGUCAGAUUCUUCGACCAGCAUAUAAAUUAAAUUUACAAUGCCCUUUAUUAAUACUGCUGUUGCAUUGUAUUUUGAUGCUGUCUGAAACUUAACGCAGCCCCCCAUCUUUUUUUUCUCCGUCACCUUUCCUUGAAAUAAACUCUUCCCUCGGUUUUGUCGAACACUCGUUUUGAUCCUUGAUAUUAUUUGGGCGUUUCUUUUGCCUUUAUAUAAAUAAUGGCUGCAACUGCAUUUCAUCAAGCUGUCGGUACACUUCAAUCUCGUGGGCAAUUAAGUAAUUCCGCCCUCAACCAAGAGAACGGAAUCGCUUCAUUUUGGUCGAUUUCAAAGGGCUUCAAGCUCGAUUAUGCUCUAUUAAGAAUGGAGAGUUAUUGCUCUAAAAAGAGAAGUUUCAGUGCCAUUAAACUAUCAGCUUCGUCUCAAACUACAGUCUUCGACCCCGUUUCUUCCCCUUCAAACGGCUCAGCUAGUGACUCCAAAAAGAAAUCAAGCGAGGCUGCGUUGAUUUUGAUCAGGCACGGUGAGUCUAUGUGGAACGAGAAGAAUCUUUUCACAGGUUGUGUGGAUGUGCCUCUAACCGAGAAGGGAGUCGAAGAAGCUAUUGAAGCUGGCAAAAGAAUUAGUAACAUACCUGUAGAUAUGAUUUUUACUUCUGCUUUGAUUCGUGCUCAAAUGACUGCUAUGCUUGCCAUGACUGAACACCGUCGCAAGAAGGUUCCGAUUAUUGUGCACGACGAGAGUGAGCAAGCGAAAGCAUGGAGCCAAAUUUUCAGCGAAGAAACGAAAAAGCAGUGCAUUCCGGUUGUGACAGCUUGGCAACUUAACGAAAGAAUGUAUGGAGAAUUACAGGGUCUUAAUAAGCAAGAAACAGCAGAUAGAUACGGGAAAGAACAAGUUCAUGAGUGGCGACGCAGUUACGAUAUACCUCCACCGAACGGCGAAAGCUUGGAAAUGUGUGCUGAGAGAGCCGUUGCAUACUUUACGGAAUUUAUUGAGCCGCAGCUUCUGUCUGGGAAAAACGUAAUGAUUGCAGCACAUGGAAACUCGUUGAGGUCCAUUAUUAUGUAUCUCGACAAGCUGACUUCUCAAGAGGUUAUUAGUUUGGAACUAUCGACUGGGAUACCGAUGCUUUACAUUUUCAAAGAAGGGAGCUUUAUUCGUCGAGGUAGUCCUGUGGCACCAACUGAAGCUGGUGUUUAUGCUUACACUAAGGGGUUGGCUCAGUACAGGCAAUACUUAGACGAGAUGGUUCAAUCUUAAUGGAGCUUUAUCUCUUCUACGAAAUUUCUACAUAACGAUUCAGAAAUCGAGAGAAGCUUUCUGCAUGGGGUAGAGAGAGAUGCAUUGUCCCAAAUCCAUCUUUUUUUGCUUUUUUUUUUAAAUUAAGAUUUAGUGUUUGAAGUAUUUUGCGAUAGACUAUGAUGUUGAACUCCGAAAGAAACUUGUAAAACGACUCCCGACAAAUGAUGUUCUCGUAUAAAUAUAGUUUGUAAUUUUCCAAGUGUUUUGGUGUAUUGCUGUAAUAAUGGUGCUGGUGCUCCAUGUGCAUGUAUGUAUGUAUAAUGUCUAAUAAUGCAAAAUACCGUAUUCAAUA